CCCCAAGUCAUCUGCUACAAAAAAAUACAAAAAAAAACAUUCCACUGUUAGCCAAUCUGCGACGCAGCGCAAGGACUGUCAAGGGAGGCCUUAACAGCAGCUGGCAAAAUAUUGACAGUUUAUCAAGCAACGAAACUCGGGAUUUGCUGUUUUUGUGACUAUAGCUGAGUAACACCGGUUAGGAUUGGAAGGUGCAGCCGAGCUAGGGUGUAGUGAAGUCGGGGAGAGGAGGAGGGGACGGUCCGGACAGGAGAAAAACAAAGAUGCCUGUGUAGUUAAACUAGGCAAAUCCUAGCGAACUGUCUGAACAUCUCUCAGAUUUUUCCAAAACUGACACGUCCCGGAGGUCCAGUGGAUAGCGAGCUGGCACCAGGGACAAAACGUUUACCGACCUGCCGAACCGGGCCGUUAUGAACGGCCGCUCAUGCGCUGUCACGGCAAAUAACUGCGACUUGACAACACAAAAACAUCUGACGGGUUGUUUUUUUCUAGCUAGACAAGGGCGAGGACUGGAGUGUUUUGUGAGCUUGUUAGCUAUAGCAUGUAGCUAGCUGAAUAUAUUCGUUAAACUGCCAGUCAACAGCGCUACAUUUAUACGAAAACGACCGUCAAAUAACGAUUUUUGGAAAUUUCUAGAACGUUAGGUGAAUGCCCGUUUGUUAAAUUCAAAGCGUAUUGCGCAACAUUGCUUACAAACUAGCUAGCUAGCUAACGUGUAUUCCAGCUCUGACUUCUUGCUAGCCAGCUGACCGUUAACUGUCCUGGCUUUCCCUUGCCUAGCCUGGUGUAGCUAAAUCUGCCAGCUAGCUAACAUUUUGGCGACAGGUCGCUAGAUUACGCUUGACAAACACCAUCACCACCACCCACCAUGUCCUCGAUGGAAGAGCGUGGUGAGGUGGGCGUCGCGGCGGCUCCAGGCUCCUCAGGCGGACUGGCGGUGGGGGCAGCCCUGGAGACAGUGGUCGGUGGGCCAUCAAUGCAAGAGGAGGUGGGCUUCCGAAGAGGAGAGGGGCUCGGGCCCGAGUCGGACCCGGACGAGCCGCCGCCCAAGAAGCGGAUGAGACUGCCGGAGGGAGAGUCGGGAAAGCUGGAAGAGAGGCUGUAUUCAGUGCUGUGCUGCACGGUGUGUUUAGACCUGCCCAAAGCCUCCGUUUAUCAGUGCACCAACGGUCACCUGAUGUGUGCUGGCUGUUUCAUCCACCUGCUGGCUGACUCUCGUCUGAAAGAGGAACAGGCCACUUGUCCUAACUGCAGGUGUGAGAUCACCAAGUCCCUGUGUUGUAGGAACCUGGCUGUAGAGAAGGCUGUGAGUGAGCUGCCCACAGACUGUCCCUUCUGUCUCAAACAGUUCCCUCGCUCCAGCCUAGAGAGGCACCAGAAAGAGGAGUGCCAAGACAGGGUGACGCAGUGUAAGUAUAAGCGGAUUGGCUGCCCAUGGAAGGGACCGUUCCACGAGCUACCGGCCCACGAGGAGGAGUGCUGCCAUCCCACCAAGACUGGCACAGAGCUGAUGGGCAUCCUGGGGGAGAUGGACCAGAGCCACAGCAGAGAACUAACCCUUUACAACUCUAUAUUCUCCCUGCUCUGUUACGAGAAGAUAGGCUUCACAGAGGUCCAGUUCAGGCCGUACCGGACAGAUGACUUCAUAACUCGUCUGUACUAUGAAAGUCCUCGUUUCACCGUGUUGAACCAGACCUGGGUACUGAAGGCCAGAGUCAAUGACUCAGAACGCAACCCUAACCUCUCGUGCAAACGCACCCUCUCCUUCCAACUCAUCCUCAAGAGCAAGGUGAACUCGGCUAUAGAGUGUUCCUUCCUGCUGUUGAAAGGUCCGUACGAUGAUGUGAGGAUCAAGCCUGUGAUUCACCAUCAUGCGUUCAGCAACGACACCAACGAGACUGACUACGUCCCCCUGCCCAUCACCGACUCUGUGGAGUGUAACAAACUACUGGCCGCUAAGAACAUCAACCUACGUCUCUUCAUCUUCCAGAUCCAGAAAUAGACAGGAGGAGGAGGAGGACCGAGAGAGACACGUGUAGAGGACGUGAGGGAGAGAGAAGUUUGAGUUUAAAGUGAGACACCACUGAUACCUCUUUACACACACACACACACACACACACACACACACACACACACACACACACACACACACACACACACACACACACACACACACACACACACACACAGGACCACAUAUUGAGAGAGUUAGGGAACCCCACCAUUUCAGGUGCUGCUUUUAGUGUUGCUAUGAUUUACUAUGGGGGUGUUAGGGGAGAUGGGGUUGUCACUAUGGAGACCGGAUGGUGUUGCUAGGGGAAUUCAUCUGUAUGGACUGAGGAAGUUGUUACUAUGGGGGUGUUAGGGGAGAUGGGGCUGUCACUAUGGAGACCGGAUGGUGUUGCUAGGGGAAUUCAUCUGUAUGGACUGAGGAAGUUGUUACUAUGGGGGUGUUAGGGGAGAUGGGUUUGUCACUAUGGAGACCGGAUGGUGUUGCUAGGGGAAUUCAUCUGUAUGGACUGAGGAGUUGUUAUUAUGGGGGUGUUAGGGGAGAGGGGGUUGUCGCUAUGGAGACAGGAUGGUGUACCUGUGGAGUUGAGUCUGUCUGACCUUUCACCCUUUGACCCCAGAGCCAAAGGUAGCUCAUACCCACCAAAGCAGGAUGAACCAUACGAGAGUGUGUGUGUGUGGUAUGAUACUCUGAGUAAAUGUGUGUGCGUAUGUGUUCCAAAGAUGUGAAUGUGAGCUUUUGAACUCUGUUGACCACUCAGCUAGUCUGUCCUAUAGAAUGGAAGGGUGGGUUACCUGUGUGCAUACACUCUGACCGGCUCCUAGUCUGUCCUAUAGAAUGGAAGGGUGGGUUACCUCUAUACACACUCUGACCUGCUCCUAGUCUGUCCUAUAGAAUGGAAGGGUGGGUUACCUCUAUACACACUCUGACCUGCUCCUAGUCUGUCCUAUAGAAUGGAAGGGUGGGUUACCUGUGUGCAUGCACUCUGACCUGCUCCUAGUCUGUCCUAUAGAAUGGAAGGGUGGGUUACCUGUGUGCAUGCACUCUGACCUGCUCCUAGUCUGUCCUAUAGAAUGGAAGGGUGGGUUACCUGUGUGCAUGCACUCUGACCUGCUCCUAGUCUGUCCUAUAGAAUGGAAGGGUGGGUUACCUGUGUGCAUGCACUCUGACCUGCUCCUAGUCUGUCCUAUAGAAUGGAAGGGUGGGUUACCUGUGUGCAUGCACUCUGACCUGCUCCUAGUCUGUCCUAUAGAAUGGAAGGGUGGGUUACCUGUGUGCAUGCACUCUGACCUGCUCCUAGUGUGUCCUAUAGAAUGGAAGGGUGGGUUACCUCUAUACACACUCUGACCUGCUCCUAGUCUGUUGGAUUAGGACAGCCGUCCAUUUUGUUCUGAGACCAACCCAGAGCAGAGCCAAGAUGGCAGUGUUUUGCAUGCUCCUUUUAGUUAGUACUUAAAAAAUGAGUUGUGAUUUAAAUAUUUUACCUUAAAAAAAGUUAACUUAUACCUCCUUUUUUAUUUCUUUUUAACCCUGAAUAUUUAAAAUCCUUUGAAUUUAGCCUUUUUUUAGUUUGGUAUUAGUGUGGCUGUGCGCUUGCGUGUGUGUGUGUGCACGGUGUUGCUCGCGUGCGGAUUGUGUUGAGACAGAUACAUUUAGGGCCCUAGUGAUCACAUCCCUAUAAACAGAUUCUUGCAUGGCCACACACACACACGCAUACACACACACACACACACACACACACACACACACACACACACACACACACACACACACACACACACACACACACACACACACACACACACACACACACACACACACACACACACACACACACACACACACACACACACACACACAUACACACACACACACGCAUACACACAAUCGGCAGACCUCUUAGGCCUGCUCAGAAACCAACAUCUGUGUAUGUGUGUGGACUCCUCCUUCUGCUCGGGUUGGGCCGUGCUCGAACCGGAGAUCCCAGAACUCUGAAACGGACCUGAAGGGAACCCCAGCUAGUGUGACAGACUGGGUUUGAAUCUGGUUUGUCUGCGUGCCACAAGACCGUGUUAGUCCUCUAAGCUAAAGCCUAGGUCGUUAUCGUGGGGAGGUCCCCCCGUAGAAGGGUGGUUCCCCUCCGGAAGACAGAAAAGAGAAUCUGAACGGUCCACCGGCUCAACGCUGUUUCACAGGACUAAGGGCUCGAUUCCAUCAGAUCCGCUUUAGUUAACAUCUGCAGAGUGGUUGUUUUUGCCGUCAAAUCCACAAGUAAAGCCGGACGUUCCCAUUGGCUGCACGGAGUCUCAUUAACAGAAAUCCCAUGCUGCCUUGUUUACAAGUUCAACACUGGAAUGUGAGAUGUCAUCUACACCUCGAUUUAGGGAUGAAAGAAAUCCUCAUUUAGUUUAAUGAUUUUUCAAUUUGAGCAUAAAUAUUUCUAUAUAGCCUACACGUUCUCGUUGUGAACUUCUGCAGCGAGUGGGGCAGGUGUGGUUUCCUGACAAUGAUUGCAAGAGUAGCUGCUCAGCGAUUUUUGACGGCUCAAACUAAGUUCCACCGCCAAAACAUCCGCUAUGCUGGGGUCUUCUAUCGCCGGUUAACUCAUGAUCUGAUUGUAUCUAGACCUAGCUCACGACUCUGGUUUUAAAUGGGGAGAAUCCUGGAUGGACCUUUUGACUUUGGGAACUGAAAAUUUGUGUGUGUGUGUGUGUGUGUGGGGGGGGGGGGGGGUGGGGGGGGGUCUGGUGCGUUACUAUGGUGACGUGUUUAGAGUGUUAGUUACUUGAAUGAUGCUGAGAUGACGAUGUUACUAAAAAGUAGAAUCUACUGUGAUAGCUCUGUCUCUCCUCCUGACCUAUUUAGGUUGAGUGUUUCUAUAGAUCUGACUCCUCCGGGCCUAUCUAGGUCUUGUAUUUCUGUGUUUUAAUGCUUUUCGUCUCUAUGCCAAUAGACUCACUGACUCAUCUCACUAUGGCUGUACAUGUGCCUUUUAUUAAAGAUCAUGGAAACUGAAA